AAAUUUUAUCAGGAGAAAUACAACCUACAAGUGGAGAAUGUCAUAUAGCAGGAUAUUCAGUUUAGACAUAAUUAGAAUAGGCUAGAAUGAAUAUAGGAUAUUGUCCUUAAUUUGAUGCUUUAUUAGAAAAUCUUACAGCAAGGGAGCAUUUGAACUUAUAUGCAUCUAUUAAAGGUAUUCCUAAAUCUAUAAGAGCAGAGUUAGUUUAAAAAAAAUUAGAAGAAAUGGACUUACUUAAAUUCGAAGGAUAUUGCGCUGGUACUUUUUCUGGAGGAAACAAGAGAAAAUUAUCUGUAGCUAUUGCUAUGAUUGGAAACCCUUCAAUUAUAUUUUUAGAUGAACCUUCUACUGGAAUGGACCCUGCUGCUAGAUAAUUUAUGUGGAAAGUAAUUAAAAGAAUAUCUACUGUAAAUAAACAUUCUUCCAUUAUCUUAACAACUCAUUCAAUGGAAGAAGCUGAGCAAUUAUCUUCUAAAAUGGCUAUUUAAGUAGAUGGAUAAUUAAAAUGUUUAGGUACUAUUUAAUAAAUUAAGCAUAAGUUUGGUAAAGGAUAUGAAGUAGAAGUUAAAAUUAAAAAGCCUUCAGUUGAGCAUAAAAGCUCUUUAUGUUAAAAAACAGGAUUAUAAUAAAAUGAUAAAAUAUUAAUUAAUGAUUUACCCAAUAUUUUAAGUAAAUUGAAUGCUAUGGAUUUAUAAUAUUUGAUUUCUGAAGAUCAAUCAGGAUCUGUUAUUUAUAAAGAAUUAAAUAGUUAAAAAGGUAUUACUUUUGAAAAUCUAUAUGAAUUUAUAUAUUUUGAAAAAUAAGGAAUUUAAAUCAAGAAAUUUUUAGAAAAGGAAUUUGGAAAUAUUGAAGUUAUAGAACAUCUCGAAGAUUUUUUUAGAUUUAGAAUAGAAUCAAUAAUAAGUAUUGGUAAAAUUUUUGGUUGUUUUGAAAAAAAUAAAGAAUAAUUAAAAAUAUCUGAAUAUUCUUUGAAACAAGCUACAAUAGAAUAAAUAUUUAAUUAAUUUGCAUAAGGAAAAAUUAAUAUUAAUAAACAUAUAAAAAAUAAAAUAACUAAUAAUUAGGUUUAAGAAAUGGAAAAUUUUGAUUAAAAUUGA